AUGAAUCGAAACCGGAAUCGUUUACAACAGACAUCCCAACUUCAACAUCAUGAUCGAAUAAAAUCAAAACGUAUAUUAUCAGCUCAAGAAGGAGAAGAACAACAACAUCAUUAUUAUGAAGAGAUGGAAUCUACGGAACAAAAACAAAUCCAAGAGUUGGAACGAACAGAACAAUUGGAAUUUAAACAAAUCGAUGACGAUUAUCGAGAACAAUUGAAACAAAUUGAACACUUUGAGCAGGAAGAAGAGAUACGUCAGAAACGACAUUAUGACGAAAUAGAAAUUUAUUUGGAACAAUUAGAACAAGAACAACAAUCAGAGCAAUCAAAACAAGUACUUUAUUAUGAAUGGAUGCAGCGUUUUGAACAUCCGCAGGAAAAAGUUUUACCUUGGAAAUCAAUUGAUCUAGAUAAGACAUCAUGGCAAUUUGGCUUCUUUGGCAAAAGAAAUGGCAUUAUUUCUUCGAAUGAGGAUGAUGAUAGUGAUGAAAAUGAACAAGAAAACGUAUUGAUGACACUCCUACAUAGAAUUCAAGAACAACAACAAGAGCCGAAGACGAAUACGAAAAAUAUUCCAUUUUUCUAUAGAAAUACAUUAUUUCAAACUAUUCAAGAAUAUGGUCCAUCACUUGAAAUCAUCAUUCAAGAAAUUGAUGAUGAAAGUAAUGAAGACGAUUGGAUAUCAAUACAUGACAACGAUAUAGAGCAGCAGACACAACAAAUUGAUCGUAUUCAGGUUUAUAGAAAUUAUCCCAUAUUCUCUGAUGAAAAUCAAACACAUUCAAGUUUUUAUAUUCGACGAGGCAAUAUUAAUACGAUUCGUUCUCAAUUAAGAAAACGAGAUUAUCUUCUACUGAAAGUCUAUAAUACUCAUCACUAUUACGUAUGCCAUAUCAAUGAAAUGAAACAAAAAGUCUCUGAUUAUUUUUCUGGAAGUGAAACUUUUCUACUUAUACAAAAUCUUCAUGAAACUGAUAGUGAUUAUGUUCGAAACUUAUUAAAUACGAUUAUGAAUCAAUUGAAAAACGUAUUAGAUGAUCUACUUCAACGUCAUUGUAUUACCGAACUUCAAUUACAACAAAUGCAAAUGGAUCCAGCAAGAGUUCGAUUGAAUUUUCUUUCUUUCCAACCAGAUACACGAUACGAAGAUGUACCAUUUCGUGCUCAUAUGACUUGUUGCCUGGGACCUACAAUGGCGCUUUCACGUUUUCUUUUCUAUCUUCUACAAUCAAUUUAUGAAGAAGUAACAAAAUCAAUGACAUUUAUUGAAGGUAUCGAUGCUGUUGAUGCCGUUGAAUUAUACACUAAAAAAGGUUCAUUGAAAUCAAAGACUUUAUUUGCAACAUUUUCGAUUGAUAAUCUAUCAACAAUAUUUGCACAUCAAUAUACUCUUCAAUCAUUGGAACGUUUUCUUAAUGAAUAUGUAUCUGAUCGUCAUAUCCAAGGAGUAACAAUCGAAACUAUCCUUGAACUAGUAACAGUCUUCUUAGCAAAUCAAUAUUUUGUUUUUGAGAACAAAGUUUAUCGACAAAUUAAAGGUAAUAGUUGUUGUAGUUCUGGUCCAUGUUUAAAUACACUAUUGGUUAAUAUUAACAUGUUUUAUCGACAACAAAAUUUUGUUAAUAUUCUAAUGGAGAAAAAAGAAAUAUUUGGCAGAUGUUUCGAUGAAACGUUUCUGACAUGGAAUGGAUCGGAUUAUGAAUUAUACAAUUUAUUAAAAACAAUGGCUAAUAAUCAGUCUCCUCGCCUUCGAAUACGAUAUUCUAUAGGUGAAAAGGUCAAUUAUCUUCAAGCUACUAUUGCUCAUGAAUAUGGUCAUAUCAAUAAUCGUGUUAAUCGUGAGACAUUAGUAGAUCCGUAUUCACUUAUUCCCUUAUCCAAUUAUCCAUUAAAUAUGGUUAUAUCAACCAUUCGUAUGGCUCUUUUACGCGCGAUAGCUUAUUGUUCUACAAAAAGUUCUUUCAAUACAGAAAUAAAUUAUAUUGAAUCUAUUAUUAAAUGGCACAAUCUUUCAAUCACUUCAAUUAUAGCACAAAUGGAAUAUAAAGAUCGACUUCUCUACUAUGAUACCAGACAAUAUGCCGACAUAAAUCAAUAUAAUUGCGAUCGCCAUUUUGCUCGUUUCAUUCUACAAAAAGAAACAGCUUCGGAAAUCAAACAACAACAACAGCAGCCAAUUGAACCCCAGACAUCCUUUUUAAAUUGUCCAUUCAAGGAACAACAAUUAAUUCAAUUUAAACAAGAUUUUGAAUGUUUAUUGCAAUAUUGUUAUGGAAGAGAUAUUAAUUUUAAAAAAUUGAACAUUGAUACAGUAUCUCGUCCAAACUAUCCUGCGAAUACACGAUGA